AUGACGAGAUGGAAGCGACUGGUUCUCGAUCUCUACGACCGUAUCGGCGUCUUUGGACAAGAAGCCACACUCGUCAUCAAACGUCUGGACCUUCUUCCGACUGCCAUCGUCAACCAGAUCCAAGCUCUCAUGACCACAGGAGAAGUCCCCGGUAUUUUAUCUCUAGAAGAGCAAGUCAACCUCGCGACCCGAGUAUGUGACGAACGUCUUCUAGCUCUUAAAGCCCAACACGCGGCUCUAGUGGCGCAGAUCCGAGCCCAAGCCGAAGCCGCGAGAGAUCAAGCGCUGGCCAUUCUGCACCAGAAACAACGAGACGCCCCGACAACGCCCAUGCUCGACGCUUUCCAGCAAGUGGAGACGCGAUACCAACGCGAGUUACGCUCCAAACUGGCUCGAGUUGAUCUGCGCUACCAACAAGACAGCGACGACUUGCGUCGUCAGCGUGAAGUGGAGAGUGAGAGCGUAGCCGCCACCGUCAUGGCUCUAACCAGACCGUUAGGCGUCACAAGCGGCAAGUGGGCGAGUGCUGUGGCUCGUAUGUGCGCGAAGCUCCGCGUCGUUCUUCUCGUUGAUAAAGAGCAUGCAAAAUCUGUACGUACGACCAAUCCGAGCAUCUUUUCCACGUGCGACGUCGUGUCCAUGCCGCAACUCGAUCGCGAUUCUUUGCGUACAAUUGUUCUCUGGAGUGUGGCGUGUAUGGCGACAGAAAUGCAUCUCGCACGCGAAGAAGCUUUUCGAGCCAAGACCGCGUGGUUCCUCGACUUGUCCAACCGGUUAGAUCGCGACUUGUGUGCGUUGCGUUCGAGUGAUAAAUUACUUACCGAACAGCUCUCGACAAUCGACCAGCAGCUGAUAAAUGACGAAGUUAAAUUGACCGAGCAGAAGCAAGAUGCCGAGCGCAUCCGCCUCAUCAUGGAGCGCUUCCGAGCCGCAGCAGAUGAGCAGAUUCUUAUCACGAAUGAAGCCCAGGAACAAGCCCAAAAGGAGCUCAAAGAGCCCAUGAGCUGCCUCGAAGAAGCCAACCGAGCCUUACUAUUGGUAGAUCGCCGUCAUAUCAUCGAGAUCAAGUCGUUUGGGAGUCCUCCGCCGCUCGUCCACCUCGUUCUCGGCGCCAUUUGCGUGCUCUUCCAGCUCGAAUCCUCAUGGGAAAGCGCUCGUCGCCUGCUGCUCGGUGACGCGAAUUUUGUGCAAAACUUACUGCAAUUCAACAAAGACGCCGUGUCUGCCGCUACUUUGACCAAGUUAGAGAGCGAAUUUCUGAGUGACGAGCGCUUCAGACGCGAAGAAGUGGAGCGACAGAGUGUGGCAGCAGCCUCCAUGGUCGGCUGGGUGCGAGCCAUCCACCAGUACGCCACGUCGCGCCACAAAGUGCAGCCUACGCUGGACAAGCUGGACAAGGCGCAAGGUCGCUUACAGCUCAUCAUGCGCGAGUUCCAGGUCAGUCGAGACCGCGCGGGGGACGCAGACGCAGCGUGGCAGGCCACACAAGCUGCGAUCGACACGGCGAGCACUCGGAAAGACGCGCUACGGAGCGAAAUGACGUCGCUCAGUGCUCGAUGUGACAGCGGACAACUGGCUGUGGAGGCGCUGACAGAAGACCGAGAGCUGCAAAGAGAGGCCGCUAAUGCCAUCUCGAUGCGUCGAGGGUUCUCGUUAACAACGUGGAACGCGUUACUAUCGGCUGGAGCGUUAACGUACGCGUGUGAAUUGAGUGCUCUUUCAGUGCGAGAGCAGGUUUUUCAGGCCUGGGGAGCAGCUUAUUGUUGCUAUGGAGGACUGACACCUGGCUGUCCACCGACGUCUACGUGCUGCACGUUUGUUCCGUCGAUAAGUGUUACCACGAAGCUGGUGACGAGUGUGGGCGAUCUGAUCUUCUCUCGACGCCGACUUUGGGACGCUUCGCUGUUGUCGUUGGUGGCUUUAACGUCGUCUCUUCCUGCGGUGAUGAUCACGAGAUUCUCGUCUGAAAUGGAGCAACUUCUGGUCUCUUGUGCUCGACGCGUGUGGCAUUGGCCUCAGCUGCACAUGGUGCACGCUCGAGCUCGUGACUUUGACGAUGUUUUCAAGGUAGCGGCUCGUUCGGGGCAUCAACUCGUGGUGCUGGACGUCGAGCCACAUGAUGCCCAACCUCUCAAUGAAGAGAAUGAAUACUCCGACGCGAUGGACACGAUCGCGCUGCAUCCAAACUUUCGGUUGAUUCUGACGUCGCACGCUUGUCGCGAUUCUUUUGGUGAAAUUCUUCAUAAAAUGCCAACUUUGGACGGAUAUUUGCAUUCGGACGACAUGGUCGACGUAAUGUUGGAUAAAAUUUCAUCGGAGAGUGGGAAAUUCACGUUAAAAACAGCAUUGAAAGAUCAUGCGCUACUGGCUCAGCAGUACGAAGCAGCUCAGAACCAACUCACGAAGCUGCUGGAAGCUGCCGCAGUGACGACUCAGUUCCCGCUCUCGCAGACGAAAGCUCUCCGUGAACGGGUCACAGCGCUGCAACAAGCGCGUCAGAUACUGCGAGACAAGCGUCGUGACAUUCAGGAGCAGCUGCGACUCGUGAAACUUCAGUGCACGCCCAUUGCUCGUACCGGAGCUGCCGUAUUUAACGCCUUUAACGCGGUACUUAACGGUUAUACGUCGCCUCCAUUGACACUUCAAACUGGUAUCGGUUCCUCUUGCAAGUAA